AAAAGCAAGAAGAGAACCUUUCUGAAGAAGGAGCCUGAGAGAAACAAGAUGAACCCCAUGGUGCUGUGCUCUGUGUUUGUGGCUGCCAUACUUCAGGGCACUGUGUCUAACACUACAAAGAAGCUCGAUCCAGGCACUACAACUGUGAUGCCGAAUUUCAUACCUCCACUGUUAUACAGGCUGCAGUGCUACUCUUGUCAGACACGUUCUUGUCAUGUUUGGAAUAAAGUGACGUGUUCCUAUGGGGAUGUGUGUAUGGCAAUCUAUCGUAACUCAGCGCAGAAUGAAAACCGUUUGGUAUCCUGGAGUGGCUGCAAGAAAGGGCAAGAUUGCAAAUCAACACAGGGGGCCUUGGGAACAAAAAGAGUGCGGUGCUGCACAAGGAACUACUGCAAUAACUAAUGAGAAAAUCUUGAAUUGGAAAACAAACUGACUGUUAUAUGGAGAGAAACACUGUUCAAAGGUUAUUGCUUGCUAAAUGCAGGCAAGCAUUUCACCACUUUUGCCACUAGGAGGCCCUGCAUAAUGAUAAUCUAUGGACUCCACUUCUGUUUUUUUUUCCUGUUUGGAGCCAACAUAACGGCUGACGCUGCUCAUGUUAAUAAAGCUAAAUCUACAGAAAUA